UUUAGGAGCUCUGUCCUUUGCCCAAGGCAGCGAGUGCCCCUGGCUGUGCUGGAGGAGCGUGCCCGCCUGCCCAGGAGGAGCCAACCAGGAUCCCUGGCAGUGCCCGACGGGACGGUGGCCGAGCCUGCUGUGUGGCAGUAGGAAGGAUUCUCCUGUGCUGGGGCCUGGAGCCGAUGGCAGAGAAUGUCAACAACUAACAACAUAGCGCAGGCCCGGAAGCUGGUGGAGCAGCUCCGCAUCGAGGCCGGGAUCGAGAGGAUCAAGGUCUCCAAAGCCUCUUCUGAGCUCAUGAACUACUGUGAGCAACAUGCCCGGAACGACCCGCUGCUGGUUGGAGUUCCUGCUUCCGAGAACCCCUUUAAGGACAAAAAGCCCUGUAUCAUCCUAUAGCUCCGGCACCGCCCCCGGAUCCCUCCGGAAGGGCAUCCUGCUCCAUCCACUGAAUCCGAGCUCCGACACCUGCACCUGCGCCCGGGGGUAAACACUAAACGUUGGCUUCAAACAGAACUUAAAUUCCCGAAAAAAAAAACCCAAAAAAACAACAAAACACCACAAACCAACCAAUUACACGGA